AUGAGGGGUCUCUCCUCUUUUAUAGGGGAUACAAUACACAUAGUCAAAGUUUCUCUGAUCGAGGUUCGUCGCCUAGCGGACGUCAUCUCUGUUAUGCGUUGUCUCUUUCAUCCCAUCGCUGUCGCGCAGUCAACGUGGCCGGUCGCUAUCCGGCGGUCGCUAUCACGGUCUCCAGCCGAGCUCCCAGGCCGAGCCGAGCUCAUGGGGCGAGCCGAGCUCAUGGGCCGAGCAGAGAAGAUUUUCCACGUGGCCUCUGGAGCUAUCCUCCAUCACAAGCCCCCCACUCUCCGGGUUUCGUUGCAAUCGGCGAGGGAACCCGAGAGAGUAGGCGGACCAUUCUCGAGGACUCGGGGAUCCGAGCGCAAAAAUGCACCCUUACCCGGGAGGAGUUCCGCAAGGCGAAGCGCCUACCCUCGGCGCCGGGUGUUAACCGUGCACCGCCCCACCGCCGAACAAUCAUUCUUUGAUGCCCCGCCGGGCUCCUUCGCCAUCCACCUCAAGUUUCUUGAGUAUGGGUUCCGCUUCCCCCUCCACCAGUUAGUCAUAGAUUUCUUCCUCCACUUUGAUUUUCUCCCUUGCCAAGUCGUGCCCAAAUCCCACCGCUACCUGGCGGGAUUUCUCAUUCGUUCCCAAGGGACCGGGGUUCGCCCCGAUCUGGCCCGUUUCUUGCUUCUCUUCCGGUUGGCGAAGUCGUCCGGUCGGGCGAACUCCGACUCGGGCUCGUAUGCAUCCAUAUUCCAAAGACAGGAGAAGCUCUUCAAGACGAGAAAAGACUCCGCCAAGAGUUGGAAGGGGAAAUUCGUCUUCGUUUCUCUGUCCUCGGGCUCCCCCUUUCGUAAGGAGCCCCUCAGCUCCUUCCGACGCCGUUCCGCCUUCAUCAACUCGGACAAGAUGCUCGAGGAUGUAGAGACGCUCUGCACCGAGCGAAUGAAGCUCAUGUUCCCAGAUGCCGCAAGCGGCAGCUCCCGGGCUCCUACCGUGGCGGGUCGUCCUCCGACUCCGCCCGUGAAGUCGACCCCCGAGGCGGCUCAGAAGAAGAAGAGAAAGGCCACGGCCUCGGCCACUGACCCUCCCCAGGGGCUUGAAUCCCCAUUGAUGAAGGAUUUCGGCCACCAAAAGUGUGUCAAGGCGGCCUUCCCCGCGGGGGUCUCCUUUUUGGACCGGGACUACGACCCGGAAACCUUUCUGCGUAGCAUGACCCCUCCUACCAAUCGCGCCAAGAUCAAGGACGCCGACCGGGAGGCUCUGGCCUCGGACAUGUUUCACGAGAUGGGCUCGGCGAUGAUGCGCAUGGUCGACAUCACCCAGCGGCUUCGCAUCUGUGAGGCUGACUGGAGCAGGGCUUAUGUUGAGAUAGCUGACCUCAACGAGGCGCUGAAGGUGGCUAAGGAGCAAGCUCGCCAGGCCGAGGAGAGGGCUCAGCAGCUCGCGGAGGAGGCGGCUCGCCAGGCACGCAACGAGGCUCGCGAGCAAGCCGUGGCCGAGUUCAUAUCUUCGGGGGCAUUCCAAGACGAGGCCUUCGCCCGUAUGAAUGACCUGCUCAAGGCCUGGGGUCAGACUGACGUGGGACGGGCUUUUGCUCGCUCCGAAGGGACCCAGUGGUACAACCUCGGCCUGUUUCGAGCGCAGCAAGUCCUUUCCGACCGGUUCCUCAAUGGAGAGGACUUCCCCGAACCGUGCGACCACCCCGAUGAGCUCGACACUUCCAUCUAUUACCCGAGUGGCGGAGACACGGCCGGCGAGCAGACGGGUGCUAAUGAGGAGCGAGGAGAGACGUUCUCCUUCGGCAGCUAUUCCCUUGGUGGUUCUUCGGCCAUCCCGACCAAGUCAGGGCCGAGCUCGACCCCGCCGCCCUCGCCGCGGGACUCUUGGGUCUCGGACUCUGAGUCUGAGUCAGUGCACCCCGAUCCUUCUGCUAAGAUCCCGGGGUUCAUCUACUACUCGUCGGAGGAGGACGAGAAGACCCCCUCUCCGCCGGUUCGUCGUGAGGUCCCCCCUCCCCCAGUCACCGCCUACCGUGGUGGACGUGGGCGUCGCCCUCCCGCUCCUCCGGCGGCGGACGCGAGUGAGGGUUCCGUGGCAUCUCAUCAUCCGAGCCGGCAACCAUUUGAAGACCCGGGCUCGCCCAGCUUCGCCGAAUCUACGGGUCAUUCUGUUGUCAGUAGGGCUCCUUCUCCAUCCUCGUACCCCCCGCCUUGCCCUUGCGAGCGUGGGUGGAACUGUGGCAUGCACUGAAGUUUGCCCGCACUUUAAUUAUUUGUAAUGCACUUAAUUAUUGUAAGGCGUUCGUGCCAUGUACUUGCCCGUUUUGCGGGGUGAAUAAAAUUUGGAUGUGAUU